CCACAAUCGCGCGCACGGACCAUCAGCUACACGCAUUCCAUUUAUGGAAAUCGGGCAAGAGGCUAAAACUUAUUGCAAGCCAAGCUGCAAUUUGUUCUGCUGGCGCUGCAACAUGUCCCGAAUAUUUCGUCGGUCCAUCAGUUCCUUCAAAAGAGCUCCUCAACCGUUCCCAAUUGCCGAGGAUAGUGCACAGUUUGCUACUCACUUAAAUAAUGUUUUCCCCUCCCUCCAUUUUCCUCCCGAGCUUGCACAACGUAUCCUCACCCAUGGAAGUCACAAGGCAGCUGUUCACGGUCAUAAUGGACGGCUCAGCUUCGUAGGACGUCGCGUGCUCGAGUCUUAUUAUCUCCUCUUCCUGCAUUCCGUCGCGCGGAACCAAAAUCAGCACGACUAUGAAUAUCUCUCUUCUCGUGCUCUAAACACCUACCUUCUGGGCGAACACGUCGCACCUCGGUGGUCCUUGGGUCGUAUUCUGCGAUGGGCUCCUACUGUCUCUCAAGAUGUUUUACUGGCCCACAAAAAUGUCAAAAAAUCUUCUGCAAAAAUAAAACAGUCCGCAGAUGCUGAACUAGAAAAUGCACUAACGGGAAAUCCUGGUAUCGUCAGAAGUGUGGGUCUUUACAAAGUCAUGGGAGACACGGUGCAGUCCGUGAUGGGUGGUGUCUAUCAUCAAUUUGGUGGUUCUGUGGCUCAUCGCUUGUUUCAUACUCGUAUUCUCCCCCAUAUUCUGUUGCCAGACAAGGCUGAGGGUGUUCCCGUGGAAUUCCAUCACCAGGCACUGGCAAUUUGUGAACGCAUGGGUGGCGUGGACGGGAACUUGUUAGUUCAGGAACCUCCCUCAAACCGUGCUCUUUCGGAGUUUGAGAUCGAGGCUGUAGAGACAGUCCAGCCAAAAAGAGUUGCGGCUGCUAGCGCAUGAGUGUACAUGACUCUCACCAUCUAUCAUGUUUAUUUUAUGGAUCGCAUUAAUUGCAACAUCAUUUUAGCA